GUGCGUCAUACGUUUAAAAUCGAUAACCGCCUGGAUACUUCUUCGACGCGCGCUACACAGGGAAGCUGCACGCGACGCGUACCGCGAAGCCUCGACCGAAGAAACCGGUAAGAUACUUAAUCACCUCCUUUCGGCAUUGUUAAAAUUCAGCCGGAAAACCUCACCUUGAAGAUGGAUCUUAAGUUGAAGACCGAAAAUGAUGGACCAAUGGACAAAGCUGUCGAGAAUGGGGAGAGCUGUCAACAUCGUGAAUCGCAACUUGUUGCAAAGGAAGCGGCGCCACAUCCAACCCAUUCUUUCAAGUGGUGCUUAAAUCGCAAGUUACCCUCAUUUGUUACCUGCAACCAAGCGGGAACUGUUGAGGACUCGCUGAACAGAAGUGCACUGUUUAGAACAACUGCAGGAAAGAACAGACGUAGAGAGCUUGUCAUCCUAAGAGAUGGGAAAGCUAUCAGUUCACACUUUCCAUGCCACUUGAUUAAAACUGAGCUUUUAACUGUCCAGUAUAUUAAAACUGUAGACAAGCAAAGGCAACCGGGAAGUGGCUCUUUUCGUCCCUGCAGAAAGGGGUCAUCCGGUGAGCUUGUGAUUUUUGAUGUAUUGGCAAAAGGAGGUAAAAAUGUAGUGAAAAUCAUGAAAAACCCAGCACUAAAAGCAAUCGCUCAGGAUAUUACUGUUUAUGCAUACAAAGGGGAGACAGUGAAGCAAGCUCUAAAAAGAGAUGGUCGUUUUCUGAACACUGUAUUCAAAAAGAACUGUGUGCUCUCCCACAAAAUCACUCAAGUAAACACGGAAAUGUCGAAUCUCGUAGAUGAUCUUGAUGGUAAAACUUACAAGAUCAUACUGCUGAAUAAGUUUAGUCCACCAGAAAGCCAGCCUGGCAGUCUUGAUGAUGCUUACAUGAUGCCAGAUAAGUCUCAGAGAUCUGAUUCUGAUGGAAACCAAGGUCCUUCAGAGCAGUCUACCACAACUGAGUCAGUGAAUGACAACAUGAUGGAAAAUAAACCACAGACAAAUGGCAAUACGGCAGCACAAACAACAUUUCAUGAAAUACCUGACUCAGGAAAUAUGCAGAAUCACUUAUCUUCAGUGUUUAAACAUUUGGUAGAUGGGAUGAAAACUCUUCCCAAGCUUUCUCGUAUCCAGAAUCUCUUGCGUGUCGAGUAUGGAAAGAAUGCUGAGACAUGCACGGAAGUGAAAACAAUGAAGAAACUGAUGGUUCGUAGCACUUCUGUUUGUCAAGUGAGAAUAAAUGGGAGCCCAGAAGGAAGUGGCUUUCUCCUAUUUGACAAGUUUGUCCUCACAAAUUGUCAUGUACUUCAAGAAAUUUACAAUGAGAAUCGGAGGCAGCAUUAUGAGCGCGUCACCGUCCAUUUCUCUUAUGAAAGUCUAGACCAGAAGGAGAGCGGAAAAGAGCAUGGAGCGGAAGUGGAAGUGGAAGAGAUGGUGGUCUCUGAAUUAGGUCCCGAUGUGUCAGGGCACGUGUAUGACUGGGCUUUGUUAAGGCUCAGGGCUAAUCAGACAUUGCCUGAGGGUCUGUUAAAACACUUUGGAUUCCUUCCCCAAAGUGGUGGAAUUUGCAUUAUUGGGCAUCCUGAUGGUGGUGUGAAAAAAAUAGAUGCAGGCUUGAUCAUUCCAUCUGAUAGCCGUGACCAGGUUGUGGAGAAGCAUUACCAUAAAAAUCUAAGGAACUUUCAGUUGAUUACCCAGCGUUUCUUUGAGGGUGUGGCGAAAUCUAUUCAACCUGAAAGACAUUUACUAACUUACAAAUCUUGUUUUUAUUUCGGGUCAUCUGGCUCUCCUGUCUUUAACAAGUACUGCAAAGUUGUUGCAAUGCAUUCAGGGGGCUACCACUACCCCGAUACAGGGAAUAAACAUCACCAUUUCGUAGAGUUUGGCUAUUGUUUGUCCAACAUUAUUGAACACAUCAUUGUCCAGCUGGUGAACAGAGAAAAGUUUGAUGUGUUGAAGGCAUACCUCGCUUGCAGUUAUGCACACCACCAAGACAUGAUGAGCAAUUUGAAGCAACUGGUUGAGAGCAGAAACUUCAUUAAAUUUAAAAAUGCACUCAGCAGUUCAGUGGUAGCAAAUGACGCGAGUUUGAAGAUGUUCUUUGAAUUCUUCUGUCAGAAAGAGGAAAACAUCCCAAUGGACAUUGUUUAAGUGUGAACAGACAGUUACAGUGCUAAUUACGGCCGAAAAAUACAGUCAGAGCAGUUUCAGGAGCGUGCAACGCAGGCUGUCAUGUCUGUUUUCAUAUAUCAAGAUAGUUUUGUUGUUAAACAUGUGAGGAAUGCGGGGAUUGGUGGAGAGAUCUGAUACAAAACUCUGUGUAUAAAUUAACCAUAAUCACAUUUUGGAUAAAGGGUUUUCUAAGUUUUUUUCAUAUUAAUUUUAAGCCAGACAUUUGUAACUAUAAUGAUUGCUCAUUGUUGUUGAUGCCUUGUUUUGUUUAAUUUUUGUUAAUGUUAAAAAAAAAAUCUUAUUUUUAAACUUUAAAUGAUCAAUUUGAGCCAUAAAAACCCAUUACUGACUCUAAUUUCUUUCUUUUUACCAUGUCUCUUUGGACUUUGACAUUUUGCUUUAAUAUGUUUUUGGUUUUUAAUGUAUUACGUUCAAAAACAUGGUACUGAUUAAACAUCCAUUGAUACUGGAUGUUGUAUUUUGUCAUACUGGGUAAAAUUGCUUCAUAAUUUGUUUUCAUUACUCUGUAAGAAAUUGAUAAUGAUGAUUGUCUGUCUGAUGUUCAAUAAAGUCAUUUUUUUCAUGAUUCAU